AUGAAAGAUUAUGUAAGUGGAGGAAAAUUUUAUGAAGAAGCUGAGCACAACAAUUUAGUUCUAUUAACCUCAACUACAGAUCCGACUACCUUUGAAGAAGCUGUUCAAAGUUCAAAAUGGAGAGCUGCAAUUGACUUCAAGAUAGAAGCCAUCGAACGAAAUGAGACUUGGGAGUUGACAAAUUUGCCUAAAGGAAUGAAGAAGAUUGGAGUAAAGUGGGUUUUCAAAACCAAACUCAACGAAAAUGGUGAAGUUGACAAGUAUAAGGCUAGGUUGGUAGCAAAAGGUUAUGCACAACAACAUGGUAUAGACUAUACCGAGGUGUUUGCACCUAUGGCUAGGUGGGGUACUAUUCGAAUGAUAAUUGCUUUAGCAGCUUGGAAUAGUUGGAACGUGUAUCAGCUUGACGUGAAAUUGAAGAAGGCAUUAUAUGGCCUUUGUUGA